AUGUCUAAAUGGGAGUAUAAUGCAAAACUCUUUCUUGAUGUAAGUUUCCAACUGGUUUCUUGCUAUCUAGACUCGAAUCUUCGAUGGAACUCAUGCUUAUUCUGUUUAGAAUUACAAAACCGCUUGUGAGGUCUAUGGUUCAGAUGGUCUCACAUGGCUGGCGGUCGGAAUCCCAGCUCAGAAGAGGAUAGCUGCUGUUCAUUUUGUCCCCAAGGAUGCUGAAGCCAUCGUGGCCGCUGCUGCUAUCGUCAAGUCCGUUUAUCCGCCUCCAGUCGAGCUUCUUGGAGCGGAGACGGCAACAGAAGGAAUUCCACAAUUUUCGAGCUUGAAAUUUUCUUGGUCGCUUCUGAAGGGGAUUUCCGCUCAAAAGCUGGCUCAACGAUUAGUUAGCGUCAAACAUUCCGACACUCUCGCGGUUCCUGUUGAAGAUAGUGUUUGUAGAGUCAAGAUUCCAGUCAAGUUGAGUGAGCUCGAUGGGAAAUCAGUUGAAGACUCUGUUUCUUUGCAAAUUCAACGAAUUUACAAGAAUUUGGAUAAUUUAUCGCUGAUACAUAAGGAAACCAAUAAUACUCUGAAGUCAGAUGGAAAAGGAAACUCUUUGAAAGCGAAGGAUCAAAAGAAGGAGCAAGUGGCCUUGAGAGUUCAUGAAUUUAGUAUUCAAGAAGAUCAGUUGGCGCAGAUUUCGAAUGGACUUGAAGGAACAGGUAAGAUUUUGACCUUUUUCUUGGUUUUUAGGCAUCAAGCUGGCGUAGGGGAAGACAGACGACGAGUCCUUGAGUUUUCCUUCUUUUCAGACUUGAAAUCAACAUCUACUGUUGAAUACGAGCUUCCAAUCGUCUUACGGGUCCACAAUGACAUCUCCGACUCUGAUUUAGUGAAACUUAUCGUCGAAUCAACAAAACGGCUGUUGCAUCAAUUGGAGAAUAUUAUCAAGACAAAGGUAGGAGGUUGCAUUUUCAAGAAUUGGUGGAUUUUUAGUCUUUUUACGAGAUAUUUCUAUUAAAUAUAUUGUUUUAGGCAUCACUGAUACCAAUCGAAGUUCUUUACUUUAACUUGUCGGGUAGUCCUGCUUCUGUUGCCAUUGUAGUCCCGAAAGAAGGGCGAGAAGGCCAAAUUGAAAGGAUUUCGAAGCCUUUGAACCGGCCGGCAAGAGAUUUUGGUGCAACAAAAGAUUUGAAACUACUUUCUCGACCUCUGGAAAACGGAUUGUUGGCAAAUCCACACGAAUUCCUUAAAGGUGAGACUUUUUUGGAUGUUUUUGAAGUUUAGAAAGGUAUUUGGCAUAUGUUUACAUAUAUUUUUUUCUUCAGUUUCUCCAAUCGGACAGGUGGCGACAGUCUUGGGUCGGUAUGAUUACCAUCAUUAUAUGCAAGAUAAUUUCGAUGACUCCGGAUGGGGAUGCGCUUACAGAUCAUUCCAGACGGUAUUUUCUUGGCUAAGGCUGCAAGGAUUUACUGAUAAACCGGUCCCAAGUCAUAAGGACAUCCAAGAGGUAGGAUAAGAUCAGAUUUUACCUAAAAUAAUAUUAAAAUUGAUUUUUUCGUGUGAAAUUUGAAUUGAAAUUAUAUUAAUAAAGUUUGUUUCAGUGUCUAGUUGAGAUUGGAGACAAGCCGGCGAGUUUUGUGGGGUCGAAAAAAUGGAUUGGGUCGAUGGAAUUGAGCUUUUGUUUGAGUCAAAUGCUCGGAAUUGAAUCAAAAGUUUUGACGACAAACUCCGGCACAGAAAUUGCCGAGCACGCCAGAACCUUGAUCUUUCAUUUUGAGAAUCAUGGAGCUCCUGUUAUGAUUGGUAAGGGCAUUUUUUAUAUUAUACUUGAUAUUAAGACUAUCCCUAAUUUUUUAAAAUUUCUAGGCGGAGGAAUGCUUGCUCAUACCAUUCUGGGUGUCGAUUACAACACAAAAAGUGCUGAAUGCAAAUAUCUGGUGCUAGAUCCACAUUACACGGGCGAUGAGAACCUCCAAACAGUCCUAAAUGGAGGCUGGUGCGCAUGGAAAACAGCCGAUUUCUGGAAGAAGGGCGAUUUCUACAAUCUUUUAUUGCCUCAGACUGAAACAAAGUAG